AUCAUUGAUGAUAAAAUAUUCUUUUCGAAAAGAUUCACAUUAAAAAAUUUUUCAUAGUAAACAUGAAAAUUACAAUAUUGUAUGGUAGUGAGACAGGUACUGCACAAGAUGUGGCUGAACAAAUUUGGAAAAAUGCCAAAAGAAAAGGAUUAGAAAGUAAUGUCUCUGCAAUGAAUGAUUAUAAUAUACAAGAUCUCGAUUCAGAAAAAAUAAUAGUAUUUGUAGUUGCAACAACAGGUCAAGGUGAUCCUCCUAAUAAUAUGAGACAAUUUUGGAGAUUUCUAUUACGAAAAAAUCUGCCAACUACAUUGCUUGUUAAUUUAAAUUAUGGAAUAUUAGGUUUAGGUGACAGUUCCUAUCAAAAAUUUAAUUUUGCAGCAAAAAAAUUAAACAAAAGAUUAAUGCAAUUAGGAGCAAAGGAAUUAGUACCUCUUGGAUUAGCAGAUGAUCAACAUGAUUUAGGAAUAGAUGCUGUUGUCGAUCCAUGGUUAGAACAAAUGUGGAUGAAAAUUAAUAAUACAUUUAAUAUUUCUACAACAGAUAUAAUUACAGAGAAUAAUAAAAAUAACAUAAUUGAAAAAUUUCAUAUUUCUGAAAUAAGUAAAAAUUCUUUAAAUAAUGAAUAUUAUUCAAUUCAUGAUAUUUUUAUGGAAGAAAUAUAUACAAAUAAUGAAAUUAAAGUAGGUACAAUAAUUGAAAAUGUAAGAACUACAGCACAAGAUCAUUUUCAAGAUGUUAGAUUAAUUAAAUUUCAAUCAGAUAACAUUAAUUAUCAACCUGGAGAUAUAAUAUAUAUUAGACCUAAAAAUUCUCAAAAACAAAUUGAAAGAUUUUUCAAUAUAUUCAAUGAAAAUAAUGUACAAUUAAAUCCAAAUAUAUUAAUUCAAGUAUCUGAAAAAGAAAUUAAAGUACCUAUUGUUUUAAAACAAACACUAACUCUAUAUCAAAUUGUAGAACAGUACUGGGAUUUAAGCUUUAAACCACGUAGAUCUACAAUGCAACUAUUAUUUUUUAUCAGUGAAAAUAAAUUAGAAAAAGAAAAGUUAUAUGAAUUUACAACGGCAAAUGGUCAAGAAGAACUCUAUAAUUAUAUUAAUAGACCAAAAAGAAAUAUUUUAGAGUUAUUUGCAGACUUUCCUUAUACAACUAGUAAAUUAAAUAUAAAACUAUUAUUUGAAAUUAUGUCUCCCAUAAAACCUCGUGCUUUCAGCAUAGCUUCAAGUUUAAGAAUUACUAAAAAUGAAAUUCAUCUCUUGGUGGCUGUAGUAAAAUAUAAGACAAAAUUAGUAGAACCAAGAUAUGGAUUAUGUUCAAAUUGGUUAGCAAAUUUAGUAAAGAAUGAUAAAGUAAUAUUUUGGGUGCAGAAAGGAACAUUUAAAUUUGAAUAUAAUAAGCCAAUGAUAUUUAUUGGUCCUGGAACAGGAAUUGCACCAUUUCGUUCAGCUCUAUUAGAUAAAUCUGCAUUAAAUGACAAUUUAAAUAAUUGUAUUCUUUUUUUUGGUUGUAGAAACAAGGAAAAAGAUUAUCAUUGCAAAGAUGAUUUUGAAUAUUUAUCAUUGGAAAAGGGUUUAAAUUUAUUUUGUGCCUUUUCCAGAGAUCAAGAACAUAAAAUAUAUGUACAGCACAUUAUACAUGAUCAGAAAACACUUUGUUGGGAGUUUCUUAGUAACAAUGGUAACAUUUAUUUAGCAGGUACUGAACCUGUACGUCUUUCUCCUGGUUGGGAAGGUACAGGUAGACCUGAUGAUGAAUUAAAUUUUAAAGGAGUUACAAUGGAUCAAGCAGAGCUUGAAUUAAAUCCUCCCAAAGAUAGAUUAAAUAUAAUAUUCUGCAUAAUGAUACUUCAUGGAAUUGGAAUUUUGAUGCCAUGGAACAUGUUCAUAACAGCAAAAAAUUAUUUUGUUAAUUACAAAUUAUCUAAGGAAUAUACAGGGAUUGAAACAAACUAUGCUACAAAUUUUCUUUCAUACCUAGCAUUUGCAGCACAAAUACCAAAUAUAUUAUUUAAUUGGUUAAAUGUAUUUAUACAAUUUGGUGGCAAUUUGACAACACGUAUAGUAUGGGGCAUUUUCAUACAAGUUUUAAUAUUUGUAUGUACCGUUAUUUUGGCAAUGACUGAUAGCUCUGAUUGGCCAGGUGCCUUUUUCUGGAUUACCAUGAUUUCUGUUAUUAUAUUAAACACUGCUAAUGGAAUUUACCAAAACUCUGUGUUUGGUAUGGUGGCAAAGUUACCUACAAAAUAUACAGGAGCUGUUAUUCUAGGCACGAAUAUAAGUGGAACAUUUACAGCAAUAAUUAAUUUUCUCGCUCAAUAUAUGGCACCAAAUGCUCGGACUGCGGCAAUAUAUUAUUUUAUAACAGCAUUGUUUAUUCUUCUUGCAUGCUUUGAUACUUAUUUUGCACUUCCAAUAAAUAGAUUUUACCGGUAUUGUGAAUUAUUGCAUCAAAAAGGAAUAAAUAAAAGACAAUUAGAAAAUAGUACAAGAGGCAAACAUGAUACAUUACCUUAUUGGAAAAUAUUCAAACAGUGUUUUCCUCAGUGUUUCAAUACAUUUUUUAUAUUUUUUGUAACUCUUUCUUUGUUUCCAUCUGUUCAUUCUGAUAUAAUAAGUUCGGAUCCUAAUUUCAUAGUUCCGCCAGAUUAUUAUAGUACUGUCAUGUGCUUCCUCACAUUCAACAUUACAGCUCUAAUUGGUAGUUCAAUUGCAUCAUUGGUUCAAUGGCCUAGCAAGAGGUAUUUAAUAAUCCCAGUUGCAUUACGUAUUUUGUAUAUACCAUUGUUUUUAUUAUGUAAUUACAAACCAAAAGGUAUUUUAAGAACAUUACCAGUAUACAUUAAUAAUGAUUGGAUUUAUUUUUUAAUUGCCAUUACAAUGGGAAUAAGUAGUGGCUACUUUUCUUCUUUAUCUAUGAUGUAUUGUCCAAGAAUGGUAGAUUCUCAAUAUAUGGCAACAGCUGGCAUGUUUGGGGCAGCAUCAUUAAUUACAGGAAUUUUUACUGGAAUAUUGUUUUCUAUGGUCAUGCCUAUUUUGGUUUUUCACAUACAUGAGUUAAUUCGAAGCCGCUAAAAUAAGCACAUAAAAGAUCUGUACAUUUAACAAUUGUUAUUUAUAUAGACCAAAUUUAUAAUAAGACUGUGGUUUAUUAACUUUUCUUACUAACAAAACUUAGGACUGAAUUAUGUCCUAUUUAGAUGACAAAGAUGAUGUUGGAAAUGGAAAAUCAUUUUCUUCUUUGUUAAAUGCUCAGUAAUGUGCUAAUUGUAAUAAGUAAGUUAAAAGAUUCAGUGUUGUCAAAAUACAUAUAUAUGCAUUUAAAGAGCUCGAUAAUAUCUUUUUUUAUCAAGGUACAUAAAUAUUUUACACAGAAUAGUUUUUCUUUAAUUUAAUUAUUUUAUUAUAUUUUAUGAAAUUAUACUUUUACUUUGAGUAAUAUAAGAGGUUGUGUUAUCUUUAAAAAUCUCAUUAUAAAAUAUACAUUUUAUGUUUUAUGUUUUGAUAUAUUAAUUUUAUAUUAAUUUUCUUGGUCAACUUAUGAUUAAUACUUACAAAUAUUAAAAUAUAAUUAUUAUUUUUUAUAUUUUUAGACAUAAUCAAUUUUAAACAAUUAAAAAUGUUUUAAAACUCAUAAUAUUAUCAUAAAAUAUAAAUAAUUUGAGAAUGCUCUAAUUAACAUCAGUUUUAAUAUAUAUACUAAUUACACUAUAUUAUUUUAUAUUUUUAAUUAUUAUUCUUUUUUCUUUAUUUAAAGAUGUUUUUAUGAUAUAUAAUAUUUUGAGCUUAUUAUAUUCUUUUAUUUAAUUAAUGUGCUGUAUAUUAAAAAAAAGAUUAAGGCAGUGUAUACUAGCACAAAAUUGCAUGUUUAAAUAAGCUCAAUAAGAUUUCAUAUAACAUUUAUAUCAUAUAUUUACAAAAUAUAUAUUUAUAUAUGUAUAUAUUCUAUACAUAUAUAUAUAUAUAUAUAUAUGUAUAUAUUUAAAUUUUAUCUUAAUUUUAUAAAAUGCUGUUUUAUAAAAUUGUUUUACAUUAAAUGAAAAAUGUAUUUUCAUUAUUUUGUUAUUGAUGUAUACUAUUUUAUUGUUAUUAUUAUUAAAUAUAAUAAAUUCGAAAUUAUAUUAACAAGUGAUAAAAUUUAAAAUUAUUCUUAUAUUAAUUCAUAUGUACAUAUAGGUCAUAUGAUAUUUUCAUUAUAAAAAACAAAAAGUAUACAUCAUUAAAUUUUUGUUGAAUGAAUUUACUAAGAUUUGUAAAUAUUAUCUAAGUGCUUCCACAUGUAAUAACAUGUGACAAUUACAAAUCUCAGCAUUAUUUUAUUAUGUACACUAUCUUCUAAGCCAUAUGGUUUUACUAUUUAUAAUACUGUUUACUCUCUAUUUCUAUUAAUUCACAUAUAUAAAACUAAUAUUUCUAUACAUUUUCUAUUUAUGCUCUCAAUUGAUUAUCAAAAUCACAUAUUUAUAAACAAAUCUUUAUAACAAAAAACCUUAAAUUACCUCAAAUAUUGCACUCCAAAUUGACCACAAAAUUUAUUCUAAAACCUAGAAUCCGAAUUCCUAGAAGGACAAUCUUCUAUAUGAAGCAAUUCAGACAAUAAAUUAUAAAAUUCAGUAAAACCAAUGAAUGAAAGAUCAUUGAAUUUAAAGCUGAUAGAGCAUAGAAAGGAUAUUUUUAUAUUGAUUCACUUAUAAACAUGUUUCAUCUAAAAUUGCUUAAUGCAUAUCAUUAAGUAGAUUAGGCUUUCUUCAUUAAGAUAUACAAUUAUUAUAUUGAAAAAAUAUUUAAAUGGUACAUCUGGUUUUAUAUAAAAAUGAAAGAAAAAAUUAUAUAACAAAAUAGCAAUCAGAUUUACACUAAUGUUAAUAUAAGUUUUACGUUAUGUUAAAAUGUUUGGGCAUGCAAAGUAUAAAUAUAAAUAUAAAUCAUUGUAAUAUACUUACAAAGUUCAAAGUUCAAUGGUUAUAAAAUAUGUCUUGAAAUAUAGAUUUAUGGAAUUGUUUUAAUUGUUCAAUUUAUUGUAGAGAUAAUGUUAAAUAAAUGAAUAAGGACAAAAA